AUGGGAUGGCAUUCCAUCUUUCGAAAGAACCAUUGUAUGGAUGAGCGGGAUUUACCCGACCAAACCUGAGGUGGUCCCGAAAAACAGAUAUAUAUCUUUACUUCUAGCUGCAGGCAGAAGGCCACCAUGCCAAACUCAAGGGCUGUCUGCUUGGUGCGCUCGUCCAUCAAUAUCGACGAGUAUUUGUUAGUACCACACAUCGUCCGUCCUGGAGAGACCCUUUCUUCCUUAAAUGUAGAACGCAAGCUCGGCGGCAAAGGCGUCAACGUUUCAGCGGCCAUCGGCCUGGGAAAAGAUGGUGAUGAUUACUCUGUCUUCCUGGCAGCACAGAUGGGCCAUGAGGACGCCUCUCGGGAGCAGGAGCUUCAAGAUCGCAAUGUCGAGACAACCCUUCUUGUCAAACGGCAGGACAUAAGAACGGGAACCGCAUACAUCCAGGUCGCAGCCGAUGGCGAGAACAGCAUCAUUCUUGUUGGAGGUGCGAAUCAAGUGAGGGGCUUGCAGCUCGACGAACCUGAGAAGUUGUUCGCUAGAGCCUGCGAACAAGCACAGGGGAACGUGACUCACGUUGUCUUGCAGAACGAGAUUCCGCUGACAGUGACACGGCGGACCUUGGAGCACGCUGCCAAGCAGAAGCGGCCUUCGUGCAUUUCCAUCUUUAAUCCAUCUCCCAUGCUCGGGAGGGGAGAGCUUCAAAGUUUUCCUUGGGCAGACGUUGAUGUGCUCAUCGUCAACGAAGGAGAAGGAAGGGAUUUGCUCAAGGCGCUUGGAAACGGAGCAGAUGUUGAAGGAACUGCAGUUGUACAGGCGCUGGGCCAACUCGAAUCUCUGCAAAAGAUUCCUUGGCUCGUGAUGACCCGCGGAGCGAAGGGCGUAGCAGCAAGCAUCAAGUUCAACUCGAGCCGCACAACCCUCGAGGUUCCAGCGGCAACACCUCGUGAAGUGCUAGACACGACUGGAGCGGGAGACACAUUCGCUGGCUACCUUGUGGCAUCCAUCAUGCAGCUUGACAGCGAUGCUCUGCGGCAGGGCUCUUUGGGGCCCCAACGGGCGAGGGAUGCGAUCCAAUUUGCCGCUCUAGCUGCCACAAUGGCUGUGGAGAAUGCUGGCGCUCUCGAGGGAAUCCCUAAGAGAAAUGAUGUACUGGCGAGGAAGCAUUGAAAUGAAAUCUCGAACUUGAACUGA